UCUAAAAUCUAGGGCUGUGUGCUCAACCCUCACAACACAAACACACCACUCGUGAAGACUAUUCUUCCCUUUCGCGCCCGACUCACUACAACACCCAAACACCCACAUCUGCAACAGCCUCAAGUAUGUCUGACGUCGCGAAGCCAGACCCCGCUGCGGAUCAGGCCGCCGCUCCUGGAGCGAGACUGGUCAAGGAUGAGACAGAGAAGGUCACGACAGGUAUCGCUGCCAACCAGCCUAAGACUGAGGACGGCAAGCCCAUGACGGAGAAGGCCACAGAAGCUGCCACAUCGGCGGCGGCUACAGUAAAGGACAACGUCUUCGCUUUGUUCGGUGGCGGCCCAAAGAAGGAGAAGAGGGUGGAGGAAGACGACGUCAACGAGCCCUCGGGCGCUUCAAAGCCCAAGACCACUGAGGACGAGAACCCCGAGAACGAGGAGCCCGACGUGGAUUUCCAGCCCGUAGUCCACCUUACCGAGAAGGUCGACACCAAGACCAACGAGGAGCUCGAGGAGCAGGUCUUCAAGAUGCGCGCCAAGCUGUUCAAGUUCGACAGGGAGUCGCGGGAGUGGAAGGAGCGAGGCACUGGUGAUGUCCGGUUAUUGAAGCACAAGGAGAACGGCAAGACUCGCCUGGUGAUGCGACGAGACAAGACACUGAAGGUCUGCGCCAACCACUACGUUGUUCCGGACAUGAAGCUUUCGCCCAACGUAGGCAGCGACCGCAGCUGGGUCUGGAACGCCGCGGCCGACGUCAGCGAGGGCGAGCCCGAGGCUCAGACUCUGGCCAUCCGCUUUGCCAACAGUGAGAACGCCAACCUCUUCAAGGAGGCGUUCAUCAAGGCCCAACAAGAGAACGAGGCGCUCUUCAACACGACAUCGGAGUAGACCCGCCCUGUUUGGCGCUUGGACACGUUGCGUUGGUUGAUGGAGACGGGGGACGGGUAAAUAUGCAUGCACGAUAGCGAUGACAUUUUUGGGAGGGUAUGAUAUCUCGGUGGUGGAAAAGGCCUCCCAUACCCUGCACAUUCUAGAUAGUAACUAAAUCAGCCUGGCUUCACAGCCAAAGGCAUUUCCCCAGCUGGCG